AUGGUAGCGAUAGCACCUGCCAAGGGGGCCAGAGCUCCAGAGAAGGGCUCAUUUCCACUUGACCAUGGCGGCGAGUGCAAGCCGCAUAUGAAGGCCUUCCUCGCCUGCCUCAAGAAACACGACAGUGACCACCUGCCGUGCAAGAGCCUGUCGAAGCUCUACCUUGCGUGCCGAAUGGACAGGAACUUGAUGGCGCGGGAGGAGUUCGAGAAGCUCGGCUUCAGCACGGAGGAGGAGUACGAGCGAAUACGGAGGCAGGCCCCCGUCAAGGAGGGUACGAAGGAAGGGGAGGGCUUCGUGGGAGGGACCCACAUUCGACAGCGAGGGGGCGGCUGGCUGUCCAACUGGAAGAAGAAGGAUUAA